CUUCCUGUUUUUAGUCCUUCACCAAAAAAAACAUGCUUGUUCCCAAACCAUGACAAGAUAUCAGUAAAUAAUGUAUAUACGGAUUUAUUCGAAGGGAUUUCUCUCAAUAAUUUUCGAACAGAAAGUUAUUCUAGGGUGUAGGUCUAUUGGUGAUUUCAGUGGCUCACGUUUGAAUUCAAAUGCUCGACAGAAAGGGCUCCCACAUCGGCUUUACACAUGUCUUGCCCAUCAUCAACAGUACCUGCCUCCAUGUCGCCACUACAGUAUAUCAAGAUAUUACUCCGAUCAGCGCACUGAGCACAGUUUUUCGGAACAGAGCAGUCCCGGUAAAUGUGAAAAACAAGAAAAUGGAAUUUGUACGCAGGAAGAAUCCGUCAAAAAAACUGUUCGGGAUUUCAACAUUGAUGUGAUGGUGUCUCUGCUCCGUCAGGAGAAUGCCGUGGAUAUCUGUGUAAUAAAAGUUCCUGAGGAAGUCAAGUACACAGACCACUUCAUUGUUGUCAGUGGUUCCUCAACAAGACACCUCCGUGCAAUGGCUCUCUAUGCCAUUAAAGUGCACAAAUUAUUGAAGAAAAACAACGAACCACAUGCCAGGAUUGAAGGGAAGGAUGCAGUGGACUGGAUGUGCAUUGACUUUGGAAGCAUUGUGGUCCAUUUCAUGCUUCCAGAGGCCAGAGAGCUGUAUGAACUGGAGAAACUGUGGACACUCCGCUCCUUUGAUGAGCAACUCUCCAGCAUCCCUCCAGAGACGUUACCAGACGACUUCAUGUAUGGGGCAGAUGUCACUAAGUGACUCAACGAAGAAUAUUGUGUGGAGUAUGAAUGCUACUCGGAGUUAAAACGAAGAAAUAAAGACACCUGAAGCAUGUUAUUGUUAUGGGUUAAAUAAAGUCUAAAAUAUUUUAGAUUAAACCAUGGGUUUAUGGAAACAAAA